AUGGAUUGGCUCGUGUCCCAUAACUUUAACGUAAGCGCUAGGAUCAUCGGCUGCAGCCCGCUUCAUAUCCUAAUUUCUGGUAGGCCCAAGCGCAACGUCCUCGCCGCACCCAGCACAUUCCUGGAGUAUCCUUCACAGCGAGAAGCCAAAUCUGAUCAAUUAUGUUUCAUCUCUUCAUGGGACAUGGAUAAGACUUAUGAUGAGCAUCCGCCAAUCUAUCUCCAUUAUCUCAUUGACUGGAAGGUUAAACUGAACAACCGAACAGUUACAAAAGUCACGGAACCAGACGUGGUCCUUGCACCUGGUGCAUACUGGCAAAAGGUUUUAAAGAAGGUUGAACGCGUGAAAGCCGAAAAGUAUUUAGUGACCGACGCGCUCGGUUGGAGGAUACUACAGUCAUGGCUUCUGUAUUGA